AUGUCGAAGAAAACACAGUUCACGUGGGAGGAACUAUCUUCACUGAAUACUCAACAGAAUGCUCAUGUUGCUGUUCGCGAAAAGGUAAUAUUUAAACGUUAAAUUUACAUUCCAACUUUCGAUCUACAAUGUAUCAAGGUCGUGAUCUAUGAUAUUUUUUUCUCAGGUGUAUGAUGUUAGUAAAUUUCUAGACCGUCAUCCUGGUGGCAAAGAUAUUUUGCUUAUGGCAGCUGGAAGAGACGUUACUGCAGUCUUCGAGUCAUAUCACGCUUUUAGCGAUAGUGCAAAGAAGUAAGACUAAAUUUAUGCCGGUUACGCCGAUCUUGAUAACCUUAAGUUAUGUAACUGCAUGAAGGGAAAGGUUUCUAUAAACAAAGUGUUUUUCAAUAUCUUGGCGGUUAAAUGCGGGGGAAAACAAAUCCGGGAGUAGCAGAAGACCCAUUCGUUCAGAACUUAUAGAAACUAUUACAGCUUGCAACGCCGGCCGGCGCUUGAGUAUUAUUGUCGCUGUACUCUGUACUUAGUGUCUGAUUUACGGUUUCCCCUCCAGUCAGCCGUCGUAUUUAUAAGUCCUUGUGUUUUUAAAUUUUUGAGGCUUGCUAAUAAGGGUUGCUACAAAAUCAUAGUAGCUGAUGCUCAACCCUCCGGUAUAGUCUUGAUAAACAAAAUGUUCCCUAGUGGCGGAAGGGUUUCAGACAGAAGGCGGUGCCCCGGUGGGACUCCGUAUAUGACAGGGUGGGGAUGCUCGUCGGAAAUUUUGAAUUAAACCCCUAAAGGAGACCGAUCUGGGCGGGGCCCAAGCUAUUUUUGAUCCCUAAAGGAGACCAUGUUAAAACACAGACAUAAUAUAUAUUUUUAUACUUUUUCGCAUGCAACCCUAAAGGAGACCUUCACGGCUAAAUAUGACGGCGUUUUGCCUAGGACACCCUAAGUGAGACCAAAAUCCGAAAUUUAUACCCCUAAGCAAGACGACAAGCAUCCCCACCUAAGGGGCAGUGCUCAGUCCUCACAAAUGGUCCUUGUCCCAUGUUUGGGCAUAAGAGGCAGGGUGGGGGGGGCUGGUGGCUGAGGGCUGAGGGCUGAGGGCUUGAAACAGGAAGAAAGGACAAGCUUACAUAGAAUUAUGAGAUGAGAUGUAAAGAAAAAUUCCUGAAUGCUUCAGGCAGCUAUAAUAGAUUUUACAAUUACAAUGUAUAUACCCUAUUCAGAACAAAGAGGCCAAUGUCCCAGUACAGGCAACAUAGAGAAUCCCCCCCCCCCCACCUGAUUUUUUGAUACCAUGUGCCAAUGAGGUUCAGCUGAACAGGUUUUGGAAACCUAUCAAUAAUAGAUCUUGGGGGGAGGGGCUGCAUACCUCUAUUAUCACCAGGAAUAUUUCGGUUGUUCAUGGUUUUCUGUUGUGAGUUUCACAGCAACAACAUAUAUGUUGUAGUUACUUUUUAUCCCAUGUAAUUUUUGUUUUUCUUUUGCUUUUGAGUAUGUUACUGUAUGCUAAUAAAGUUGAGACAAAAGAAAUAUAAAAAUUACCUGAGAUAGAAAAUUAACUACGACAUAUAUUCUUAUCUUAAUAUCAAUUUAGACCUUUUAUACUUAUUGUUAUUUUGUUAUUGUCAGGGUUUUAGAAAAAUAUUAUGUUGGAGACCUGAUUUCUAAUGAGUUACCAACUUUUCCAGAACUUGGGUAAGGUUAAAAAGGAAUAACCAUGUUAUUUAUGUUUCUAAUCUCUACCAACCUGACCUCUCAAAGAAAAGGAGAAUUUGACAUUACAUCAAGACUCAGUUGUUCCUCAUAAAAUACAGCUAGUAUAUCAUUCCACACUCCCCCUUCAAUUAUGUGCAGGUUAAUGCGAAUUUAAAUUCCUACUUAAAAUUAACAAGUUGACAAUUAUUGUUAGGGUUCUUUUUCAAAGUUGGGAACAGUCAUACUGUAUCUCCAGCUGUUUCAUGAAAUCUUGGUCAGACUUCAUUAUAAUCUACAAUGAACAUUUUUUUGAUAAGAGUGAUGGUGCCAUGGCAAUGAAAAUAGACAUAGUGAGACAUUUAUUUUUUCAGCACUUAUUUCCUCGCAAAGCGAAGCGAGUUAAUAAUUUUGUCAAAAUUUGCAUUACACGUGGAAGGUGCAUGGAUCACAAAACGAGGCAGAACACAGAAGUUGGCUUUAUAUUAAUAUUUUAUAUAUCUUAACUUCUGGUUGGUAGUUGCAGUGACGUCACUGAUUAAUUUGUGAUCGUUGAGGUGCCUUGGUUCAUUGUUUUCACUGUUUUUGCACCCGUUUUGGCAAUCUAGAAAUGAUUCUGGCUAGAAAUUUUGAUGACAGAAGUAUUUUACCGAAAACAUUGAAGCGAUUUGGGCCAGGAGCAAAAAUUUAGUUUUUGGCAUUUUCCCAGCCGAUAGGUCUAAGUUUCAGCUCUGUGCUACAACCCUAAGUUUAAUAAUUCACAUGCAAACCGCUACCCUUUUUGUAUUUGUUUUUUUCUCUUAAUCUGGCGGCAGCAAUGAUGCUAUGCUUUUCAAUACAUUUUUUAAAAAUAAAACCAAGCAACAGGAAAGAAGAAGAAGCAGAAAAAAGAAAGAAUCAAGUAGGGAUCUUGAUGACGAUAUUUGUGGCGGUCACCCAUCCAGCUUUUUAUCCCGCCCGACAGGGCUUAACUGAGUGGUGCUAGUAAAAAAACAAGUUUCACGAGGGUUAUGAGGAUAUAUGUAUUUCUAGUAGUUCUUAAUUAGUACAUGUGUUAUUGCAAGUUCUCAAUCUUACUACUUUUCUUGUCUUUUAUUGCUGAGCAUUGCUUUAACAAGAGACAGAGUCAAAAAAUAUUUCAAGGACACAAACCAGGUAAUUUAGAAACAUUUUGCAUUCUGUUUUCAAAUAGUUAAAAAUAUUAAAAGAUUGUUUAUGGUUGCUUUGUUUUUUUGUUUGUAAAUGAAUUUUUGAAAACAACUAUUGCAGUUUAAUGUUAGCUUAAUUAAGUCAAAAAAUAUUUCAAGGACACAAACCAGGUAAUUUAUAAAAUAGUAAAAUAUAUUUGCAUUCUGUUUUCAAUCAACUGACCAAAAACUACCAUUUAGACCUACAAUGAUUACAGUUAUUAAAAGGACAGAUUGUUAAGUGCAAAACUCAUGUAAGCUAAUUAACAUAACAGCUUAACUGGCAGUUACAGCCAUAAUCUCAGGACUUAGUUGACCAAUCACUAAAAGGUCAAUAACUGGAGUUAUUAACUAUCAAAUGCUGAUAUGCAACUUACUUUGACUUUGAUGAUGAUCUCUUUCACUUCAGAUGCGUGAUCAUACUUCAUUUCACCCAGCUGUUGGUACUUAUAACAUGACUGAUCUUGGGUUCAAACAAUUUACAAUAAUUUCAUUUUCAACAGGACCCCAAAUUUUCAGGAUGGAUGUGGUUGCGCUAUAUUGGAAUUCCAACUGUUUUACUUCUAAUGUGGAGUGCUCAGGUUGUUUAUAAUACUAGUUUUUAAGUGUAAAAUAUAUAAAUUUUGAAUGUGUGCAGCAUCCAUCAUUUAAUAUAUUGGCUGGGGCAAUCAUAAUAUUUAAAACUAAUUUGCACAUUUAAAAAAAGAAUAUUUUGUGGAGGUAAAUUUUAAAUUUUGAAUUUCAAACUGCAAGCCUGGCUGACCCAGCUUUGAUACCUGCAACUUAUUCAGCUGGCAGCUUUCUUUUAAUAAAGGGUUCUUAGCUUGUUCAUCCCUUUGCUUGUCUCACAGCUGAGAUCAUAUAUCUUGCCCUUACUAUACCCCUUCAGUACAGAUCUUUAAACAUCUGAGGGACUUUACUACCUCCUAAUUUGGAUCAAGGUUUUAAUUCAGGGCUUAGUACAGGAACGACAUGUACAGCUCUAGAAUAAAAGUCAAUAACCUCAGCGGUAUAGCUAUGGUUGGGAUUGACAGUUCUUUGUUGCUGUAAUCCUCUAUGAACAUUAAUUUUCAAUAAUGUUUUGAAUAUUGAAUUAAUGAAUUUUAAUGUUUAAUUAAGUUUACAAUUAAAAGAGCCAGUUAAAGGGUUAUUAUUUUGUCUUAAAUAAGUUAUAAAUUUACCACUAGGACAAUUAAGGUUUGUACAUCAAGGCACAUGUUACAAAAGCCUACCUACUUGUAAAACUGGGAUGCAUAAAACAGAAAAAAAUGAGCUUGACUGGUUUGCAUGGAUAAAAUCACCCUUUCUUAUGAUCAGUGUUGCCAUCUCUUUUAGGUUUUCUGGUUGAGCCAUAAUUUUUUCUUGUCAUGUGUUGCUGCAGCUUUCAUGGGUUGGAUGUGUGCUUUGAUUGGGCUGGUGAAUAAUCAUGAUUCCAGGUAGUUAUGAACUCACAGGAGCUUAAUGUUUAAAGAUCUUCCCGUAAAUCUUACCCCUUGGGCAUUGAAAAGUUUAAAAGUUGAACAGGCAGAACUUCUAUUGCCAGGAUUUUCUUGUAAUUUGGUGAGAUUUAAUGGUAGUAUCACAACCUUCUCUAAAAAGUUUCAUUGAUAAUUAUUAUUUUGUUAUGUGAUAUUCAUUAUCUAUUUUUGCACCUGUGAAAGGAACUUGAAGGUAAGGAGCACAUGCAGUGGUUAGUGCCACGCUCAGUCCUUAAACUGGAUGCCCAGGGACCCCAUUGAUGGAAGUUUCCAGCCAAUGACAGUUUCAUUAUAGACUUUCCUACCUUCGGAGUUAAAAUAAAGCCCAUUUGUUCUAAAUUUUCUGUACCCUAAUUUUGUACAGUGCAGAUAAAUAAUUUACACUGUAAUUUAUCUUGUCGAAUUUUAAGCCACUGUGCUGUUACACAUCAUCCUACUCUAUGGAGGGUCAUUGGCCACAUUCAUGAUUUCCUAAAUGGUGCUUCAUUUUAUGUUUGGAUUUAUCAGGUCAGUGAUACCACAACACAGAUUUUAGUUUCUAGUGGAAUGUAGAAAAUUAAUAUCCAUGCCUUCCUUACAGAAGUGUUUUUGGUUUAAUCCUCUUUACCACAGCCUGACUCCACUGUCCCCUCAAGAAGAUCUGGUUACUGGCUAUUUGCACAAAGUUUUAUUGUACUAAGUGUUUAUAAUUUUGAAAAUCCUGAUUUAACUUUUAACUAAACAAUCAUCCAAUAUAGCAUACUCUUGGUCACCAUCCCUACACCAACAUUGAUGGCCUGGAUCCUGAUAUUGUUACAACUGACGAUGUAAGUUCCAAUACAAUGUUGUCUUUAUUUGCAUCAUUAUCAACAAUAUUGACAAAUUUGACACUGACUCAAGAUCAUGUAUUGAGGCUUGAUUCUAACAGCAUAGUCUUGCAUUUUGUUUGUUUGUUUUUUUAAUUUCAGCAUCCAGAUAUAAGGCGCAUAAAGUGGACGCAAAAGUGGGUACCUCGUUAUGUCUAUCAGCAUGUCUAUGUGCCGCUGGUUUACUGCUUGGUGAGUUCUUUUCCUAUCUUUACACCUUUUAUCUUCUUGCAUCAUCAUCAUCAUCAUCAUAAUCAUCAUCAUCAUCAUCAUCAAAAAGCAGGUCAUUUAUAUUAUAAUAUAAUAGAAGCUUGAAAUCUGAAAUGGACCCACUACAGGAAACAUAAGGAGCUGUUUACAUGGAGGUAGGAAGAUCCUAGUACCAGGAAGAUUGUAGAAGGCAGAACAACUUUGCGUUGGGUUAACAUGCAGAAAUUUCGGGCCGUGUAGUGCCCAAGUAGAGAAGGUUCCAGUCGGAAUUGAAAAUGGUGGGCGACAAAAACAAAAAUGUGAUUUGGGCCCUUUUGCUCUCUUUACUGGCAUUAAUAACUACCUUUCAGCAGAUUUAUCAUAAUAAUCAGCUCAUGGUAAUGCCAAAUGAAAUGGCCGGCCUUUAUUGCCAUUAGGGUUAGGGUUAGAACAACCCACCGCCAUUUUUCUAUGGUUUGUCCCUAGUACUAGGACAUUCCUAGCAAAGGAUCCUCCUUGUAUCAGGAUCUUCCUACCAAUAAGCUAGGAAGAUCCUAGUACAAGGCAGUUUCUAGCUCUAGGGCCAAGUACAACCCUUUGCAUGUAAACUGAAUAUAGAAAACAUGGUGCUAGUAUAGGAUGAUCAGCCUUCUAGGAUCUUCCCCCCUCCAUGUAAACAGCCCGUAAAACAGAUGCACAUGCACCUGGGUAAAGUUGAUCAAGCUACCAGCUUCUUUGUCCUGCACUCUUUAAGAACAGCGGUGUGGGUUCCUUUUGUGCCCAAGUCUCAAUUCAGUGGAAUUGCUGUGCUCAAGACAAUGCUUACAAUUUUUUGUUCAAAAUUCUGCACUCAUUAGUGUCUAUCUAUUAACAAUUUACAUGUAGGUGUCAGAUGAAAGGCAGUAAAAUAUUCGUCCGCAGUUAGUUCAGUUAAGAGCCUGCUAGAGAGUUGGUUUGGCCAGGAAUCCAAUGGGCGUAUCCAUUCAGCUAUUCUUGUUUGUUUGUCUUUCAUAGCUUGGUUUGAAGACUAGAAUUCAAGAUGUUACAAUUCUCUUCUUUAUAAAGAAAAAUGGUGAGUGAGUUACAUGUUAUAAUAACCUGAAAUAGUAUUUUUGCAAGUUAAUGAAAAAAAAAAGAAAGGCUCAGAACUUCACUUAUGGAAGGCCUUUUUCCUCCAAAUAAAAAUGAAUGAAAAAACAAAACGCCGAAAAGAGUGUCUACAUGCAGCGAACAAUUUUUCCGCUUUUUCACACCUGUAAAUAAAACUGAUGGGAUCUUCUGAUACAAAAACCCAGGGUGACGCUAGUUUCCAAACCCUAAAAGCCACCCACACGUAUUUUUUUUUACCGAACAAAAGUCACUGCAAAGUUGUAAUUCCCAAAGAAGUCCUCGGAUCAUAAUUUUCAAAUCCAAAAAAAUGGCUUCACACCUUCCUGUCACUAUUAUACCCAAGUACCCCAUUUCAGAUUAAUUUCAGUAUUUUUUUUGGAAAGUUGAAUGCAUCUUUUUUUAGCAUGAUCCUUAUUUCUUGCUUUCCAGGAAUCAUCCGCAUGAACCCACCAUCCGGAUCUCAGUUGACUGUUUUCCUCGCCGGCAAGCUGUUUUUCCUGAUCUACAGGGUUGUGAUUCCUUGUCUAGUACUUCCAGUUUGGAAAGUGGUGAGAUAUUAUAGUACCAACCAGCGGGGCAGCCGUUUGAAGCGGGAAUUCCGUGCGCGCACGAACAGGAUGACCUCGCGCGCUUUGCGUUCACGUGUGCCGAAAAUCUCUCUUCCACGUUCCCCCACCCCUUCCGUCAAACGCUUGUCACCUGGGCUAUUCAGCGCUGUAGAAUCCCUCGGAUCUGCAGAAGGAUCAUUACUCUCUUACAUAAGAUAUACACGGACAUAUAGAUAUGUGUUACACCAAAAUAUAAGGUUUUUCACCUCUUUUGAUUUCAAAUUGGGUCUAAAAUAGGCAAACUCUUAGUGCUCUAUGAAACCAGGGUUUGGAAUCGAUUAUGUUUUUAUCUUGCCUUUCGUAAGUGCAUAUCUUUUUAGUAUUAUUGUUAUUAUUGUUAUUAUUAUUAUAAUGAGUCCUCUAAGCUUAGCAGAUUAAAAAUCUUCGCAAGAUAUAUUAUGCGGAGGCCAGAACAGCUGUCUUUUGCAGGGUGUAGCUGCGGCACUCAGCUUCAACGGAUAGGUCUUUCAGAACCUUAUUAUUAUUAAUUUUCAGGUUUUUUUUUUUUUUAACCAGGUUAUACUGUUUAUAAUUGCCGACAUGGUUGCAAGUUACUGGCUGGCUCUUUGUUUCCAAGCAUCUCACGUUGUGAGUGAGGUGAGUACAUCAUAUCUGACGAUACUCUGUCAUGGUAUUUGUUCUUAAAUGCUCAUUUUUUACCCACUUCAAUCCCACUCAACACUAUUGAAUUAAAAAAUAAAAUGGUGAGCCAGUCAUAUCUUUGCGGUUUGUACAGCAAAAUUUUGAUAUCUCAAGAUACCGCUUACACUAGUCCUUUUCUUUCAGGGCUGUCAUUGGUAGCAGGCAGCCAGUGUUUUUAGCCGGCUUCUGCAUUAGAAUCAGCUGGCUUCUUUAAGUUUUAAAAUUAGUCAAACAUUAAAUUUUUAACAAAUGUAGGAGGAUCUGCGGGAGGAAUACCUAAGAGACGAGCUACUGAAAGCUUAAACGGAAGUCCUGUUCUUUGCCCACAAAUCCAGGCAAAAAAUAAAUUAUUGUGCAAGUGCACGUACAAUCUAUGACCUUGGAAUACCAAAUAUAGUACACAUAUGAUCGACUGUUCACUGUUGCUGUUCAUCUUGCAGGUGGACUGGGUCGAACCUGGUAAAGAUGGAAAGAUGACACAAGACUGGUAGGUUUUUGUUUAACAGAGGGGAGGGAAGGGUGCAUCUUCUAGAGAACUCUUCAGCCAUAAUUCUUCAAUGACAGAGGGCUGGCUAGAACAAUCCAGCGGUUCUCAGUUGAACGCAGAAACUGUCGAAAAGUAAUUUGAAGAUCGCUCUGGGUUUUGCAUAUGUGCGCUAUAUGCAACGAUGAUGGCUACAGAAAGGAAAACCUCACGAAUAAAGAGAAUUCGCCUGUUUUCAAAGUUCGUCCUGAUUUUUUCCAACUUGCUUAAAAUGGCAAAUCUAUUGUUUAGUCUUCCUUGAGUUGAAUUCUUGGUGGCUGCAGAAAAGUUUGUAAAGAAAGAGGAAGAAAAAUCAGCCGUCGAUAUUUUACGUCCUCCAUGAAACGCCGCUGAUCCCAAAGUCACUUAGUAGGCAGUCGUCUAGUGACGGCAAAGAAAUUUACCAAAAAGCCAGAAAGUGUGAUGCACAUGUACAGUUGUUGUUUCGCUCUGUCUCAUUGCUUUUUUGACGUUCUCGUUCCUGUCUCCGUCGUUGUUGCUAAAGCUUCCAAUUGUCUUGUUUCUUAGGGCGGAGCUUCAAAUACAAACAACACAGGACUAUGCCACUGAUAGCUGGUUUUUCAACGUGUUCACAGGUUAGUUUGGAGUGUAUCAUAGAUUUUAUUUUUUUUGGUUUUAGCGAGAAUGUUGUAGUGGCGGGAACAAGUUGUGGCUAGAAGUUUUAUCAUGUGUGAUCGGGAUAGGGCUUAACCCCCUUCAAUAAAAAUAACUGUGUUAACUUUUUUGGUGAAAAAUUACAAUGAAGCUUUUCUGGCUGUCGAUUUUUUAAGAAUACGCGCAAAAAAACUUAAAGUUAUUCUCGUCCUCCUAGUCCUAACCUCGUCUUCGAAUCUAAAGGUCUCUAAUGGUAAAUUGUAAAGUUAAGUUUUGUUUUGUCAUCAGGGGCUCUCAACCAUCAGACCACACAUCACCUCUUCCCUGGAGUAAGUCAGAUUUACUAUCCAGCGAUUACUCCCAUCGUGCGUGAAACGUGCAAGGAGUUUGGAGUCAGAUACAAUUACAAGGACACUUUCACCCAGGCCCUUGGCGCUCAUAUUGGACAUCUAAAGAGGCUGGGACAACAGCAAAAGGAACAACAUUUAAUGAACAGCAGUAGACAUGACUGAGUUGGUCAGGAAGCUAUUGGCUCCUCGAGUCUAACUUCAAGCUACUCUGUAUAUGUUGUAGUUAAUUUUUUAUUUCAGUUAAUUUUUAUUUUUCCGUUGUUUUGGGGUAUGGUAAUGUAUGCUAAUGAAUUUAAAACAAAGGAAAAACAAAAAUUAACUGAAAUUAAAAAUUAACUGCAACAUAUAUAAUGUACUGUAAACGAGGGUAUAUGAGAUACUGUGCAUCCGAACGGUCUUUUGGAUCGUCGCGCAAUCCUUCCAAACGAACGUGCUUUUGCGUGACGAACCAAAAGUACUUCUACAACUGAAGUCGAAGGCUACAGCACUUGUCAAAUUUUGUUGCAACACUAGACAACUUAUCUACGUUUUCCCCUAUGUGUACUUCUCCUUCUCCAGUUUUAAGAUUCUCGUUUCUUUGGUAGGGGAGGGCGCGUAAGGUGACACGUGUUUCAACAAUGUUGACGAGUAUUGUAGCAAACUGUUGGCUUUGCUUUUAAAGAGAAUUGAAAUGAUUUUACAAUAACUUAUUCUGAAGUUGUAACGGCAAGUCAGCCCUGUGCGGGUAGGAGCCCAGCUCCUGUUUAAAUACUAUUUAGAGAGGAAAGUGUUUGCAGAGUGUCAGGUACAUGUUAGGUGUCACCAGUUUUGUUUGUUGUUUUGUUUUCUUUCUUUGUUUUUGGCCGUUGACAGCUUUAUAAAUCAGUCCGUUAUCUCUCUUUAUAAAUGGUCGAGGGAGAAGCCUUAACUUGUGUGUAAAAAUUCUUAGUGUUAGGGAAUGCUGAUGCUAUUGAUACUACUUCUAUUGGCACCAUUGUUACUACUUUUAGUCCUACUACUAUAAAGUGUAUGUACUGAUGUACGAGAUCUGUAACAUAAGUGGAACGGUACUGAUUUGUGAAUAAAUGAGAUUUUAAAGGGGGAUUUGUUUUCGACGUUAUGUAGUUUUGCCACCUCUAUACCCUUAGUCUGCUACACAGCCGUUUUUAGUGUCGUCACGCAAGGAGCGUUGCGUGACGACACUAAAAACGGUUGUGUAGAAGACUACCUACCCUGGAAAAUACCCAAACAAUUCCUUAAGCUUGUCCGGGCAUAGAGUGAUGUGAAAGAAAUAUUGUAAACGGAGCAAAUUGUAACCAGACGGUCUGGGGCUGUACGCUGAUUUCCUUUUUUCGCCACUUUAGAAGCGAGAAGGGAACUGGAGCCGAAAUACGUCCCGCAAUUGUUUCUGGGAUUGUUACUGAUGACGCAGCGGUAGUAACUAUCCCGGAAGUCUUUGCGAAAGUUAACUCGGUCCAGUUUCCCUCUCAUUCGUAAAUAGGCGAUUUGGUUUGGUUACUAGAAUAACUCGAUUGAACUAGCAAGCUUAGCAGUAGGCACUUAUUACAGGAUGCCAAGGUACAGGGGUCUUGUUUGUAGCUUCCCGUUGGACUGCUAUCACAUAGAGAUUGACACGAACUUGAACUUUACAAAUGACAUCACUUCAUGAAGAUGAAAUCUGGCUCGUAGUUACACAACUUCUUCGAUAGGAGCGGUUCAUAGUGUAAUCAAUCAAGGAUUAUCGCGCUACUUUGAUACCGUUCUGUUAGCUGUCUGGUGCUCUUUUAACUAAUAUAAAGGAAAGUUGCAACUAGAAAACGAAUUGCGAAUAAUACGGCUACAUUUCUCGUGAUGGAUUCUAGUUUUAGAGAUAAGAUUUAAGUUUCAGUUGAUCUUGGGUAUAAGUUAAGGCAAUUCAAAAAUUCUUUUGAAAUUCAAAACUAGUGUUGUUAUAUCGGUUCCAUUCAAGGAUAAAUCUUCAUUGUUACAAGUGUUACUUAGUUUACCUUUUCUGUAUCAGUUUUCUUUUGUGCAAUCUUCCCUUUUUUUUAAGAAAGAGGGUUCCCAUUAGGGUUUUUCUAUCCUGUAAUACCGACCCAGAAUUUCGGGCAAUUCCGUAGUACCGAGGGUUAUUUUUGGCAUUCCACCUCCCGCGCAUAUUUUCAAUCCCGAAUCUCGCCCCGAUUUCGCUUUAAAAUCCCGAAUCCCAGCCUCAAAUAAGGGAAAUCUCGCAACCCGAAAAACUUAUUAAAGACCCUCAUGAAAGGGAACUAAUUGUUGGAUGCUAAAGCCGGUCACCUGAUGCCGGAGUGAAAUCUAUGUUGGUCUAAAACGGUACUGGAUUGCAUGAUCUUUAUCAAGUAAAGCUCUUUUUCUCUUACGAUGUUCCAUCUUAUUUCCCUUUUUCACAGAGAGUAAGGCAAGAGAGGCUUUUUUCUUUGGCGAUAAAAUAUGGCUGGCGUUAAAGUCGGACUUCGUCUUGUCACUUACUUGAGACCGAGAAGAAGGAAAAAACGUUAUAUAAUCAGUCAAUAUCGGGGAUUCAAACUGUAUGCGACGCGUGCAGGCUAUGCAAACAGGAUGCAAAGAUGAGCGAUUUUUUUUGUUUAUAAACGAUCCUUCUGCGUGAUUUUUUUAUUCAAAUGCACCAACCUCUGAAACAAAGAACCAUUAGUGGGUUAGGAUAGAACACGACUUUCCAAUUUUUGGAAGAUUCCGUCCAGAAACUCAGGACUACCUUUUUAGGUGUUCCUUUGUUUGCAGAAAUUUUCCACCGGGAGGACACGAAAAGAUGUUACAUUUACUUUUUAACUAAAUUUUUCGGAGACUUCUUGAAAAUGGCCAAUAACAACCACUGACUGUGCGCCCCAUUCCCCCCUCCCCACGGGUUAGGGGGUGGAGACAGCCGACAUUUCAGACUACCACUGACAGUAGCCUUUGAUCUAGCUUCCCACCAGAUGUAGGAGCCUCGUCACGCGCGUCCUUCCGCACGUUCCCCGCGGAAGAAACGCGUGACGGGGCCCAAAGAACGCCUGUGUGGCUUCGGUAGACAAAGAAAUGUCUUAAGAGUUCCUAGAGGUCUAGUGAGACCUAGUGUCUAGGGUCGGGUUGCAAAAAACAUCUUAAGAUUAACAUGAAGCCGGCCAUAUUUCAAUUCAUCUUGUCAUGUCCCAAUCAACAGUGGCUCCCACAAAGACUGUGUCGUUGCCAAUAUUAGACUGGAUUAAGGGAACUCGUAACUAUUAUUUCAAAACAAAAGGUUAUUGUUCCAGAACAAAAGUUAAGAGCCCUCUUACUGAUUUUAAGACGGUUUUAUGCAACCUGGCCCAGGGACUUGGUAGCGCCCAGUAUAUUGUCAUCGCAGUUUCGCUUAAUAUAAUUCCAGUACAACGUGAUGAUAUUUUAGCGGACAUUUUAGUUACUGUUCAAUUAUUGUAUGAUGCAUUUUGCCUAUUUCUUUAUUUUUUAUUUUAUCUAUUGUUUCUGCUCGCUUCGCUGACCCUCAACCCAACCGUGAAUAAUUAUGCUCUCCUCAGGCGCCUUGGCUGACCGUACCAAUAUCAAGUAAAUUUCUCACAGCUCGGACAGUUCUCUCUUGAAAUCAUGUUAAAUACGUCGGCAGUAAGGCAGUUCACUUGGGAAGAGCUGAUCUCUUUGAAUCAAAAACACAAUGCACAUGUCGCAGUUCGCGGAAAGGUAAGAAAAAUCGGAGAUGGAAAGUUGAAUUUACAAACAUUGUUCGGUAUUUAUACAAUCUCUCAGACAAUUACAACCACUGCCUUGAUUUUUUCCGUUUUGAUGAUUUUCAAUUGUACUGUGAGCAGUGCGGUAUCAGGAAAUAAUGAGUGCUGAUUAAACUUUCUCCGCAUGCGAGAGACUGGAUUUUUGAUGGAAGCUUAAAUGCACGACAGCCCAACUUUCAGCAUACUUAAUCCCCGCAUUGCAUAACAAAAACGUACGGUGGCACACAAAGCCAAUACACAAAUAUAUAUUAUAUUACUGCAUUCUGCAUCUUAGCCGACACAAACAAAUUCAUUGGCUGCGCGAGUAUAUUUACCAGUACAAUAAAAUAUACACUAGUUCAACAAUAUGUAUCCCAGUACAGAAAUGUUAAUUUCAGUACAAAAAUAUAAACUCGAGUACGGAAAGAUAUCUCCAAUUCUUAGUACUUAAAUAACAGCUCCAGUACAAAAAUAAUAUCCAUCUCUCAGACAAAACAUAAACGCCAGAACAAACAUAUUCAUCGGUUGUGCGACUACACUUUUUCUUCAGUGCAAUAAAAUACAUGUAUACAACAGUACAACAAUAUGUAUCCCAGUACAGAAAUAUAAAUUUCUGCACUGGGAUACAUAUUGUUGUACUCUUGUAUACAUAUAAAUUUCAGUACAAAAAUAAAACUUUCGGUACAGAAAAAUAUUUUUUAACAAAUUUGGGAAAAAUCGGUAGGUGCUUUAUAUAUGAUUAUUACUAUGUAGCAAAUAUGCUUAUUAUAGUGUACCUAAACAAACCUUAUAUCUUUCAUUGUUAUAAUAAUCUCAACUAUACAGCACUAAACACCACCUUACACCUCUAUACCACAUCAUACACUCCUAUACAUCACCACACGUCCAUGUGCAAUACCAUGCACCUCUAUACCUCAAGAAUUACCUCUAUACAUCACCAUACACCCAUGUCAGCACCCGUGUAUAAUACCAUGCACCUCUAUACAUCCCAUAUACCUCAGUUUCAUCACCAUUUACCUCUAUACAUCACCAUACACCCGUAAAACCAUGAGCCUCUAUACAUCACCAUAUACCUCUAUACAUCACCAUACACCCAUGUAUAAAACCAUGAACCCCUAUACAUCACCAUAUACCUCUAUACAACAUCUUACACCCCUAUUCAUAACCAUACACUUGUAUACAAUGAUCGUGUGUAGAGGUCUAUGGUUAUUUAUAGGGGUGUAAGGUGAUGUAUAGAGGUAUAUGGUGAUGUAUAGAGGUAUAUGGUAAUGUAUAGAGAUAAAUGGCGAUGUAAGGGGUUCAUGGUUUUAUACAUGGUUUAUGGUGGUUUAUAGAGGUGUAUGGUGAUGAAAAAAGGUAUAUGGUGAUGUAUAGAGGUGCAUGGUGUUAUACAUGGAUGUAUGGUGACGUAUAAGGGUGUAUGGUGACGUAUAGAGGCAUAUGGUGAAGUAUUGAGGUGCAUGGCAUAAUAAAUGGGUGCAUGUUUAGAGGUAUUUCAUGAGGUUUAGGGGUGCAUGGUGUUGGAUAGUGUAUGGUGUUGUAAAGAGGUGUAUGGUUGUGUUUAGUGCUGUAUAGUCGAGAAAAUUUAUAAUAAUGAAAUAUACAAGGUUUGUUUAGGUGCACUAUAAUAAGCAUUUAUUUAGGUACAUGGUAAUAAUCAUACGAUAUAUGAAGUACCUACCGACUUCUCCAAUUUUUCUUUUUAAUUUUUCUGCACCGAAACUUUUAUUUUUGUACUGAAAUUUAUAUUUCUGUACUGGGAUACACAUUGUUGUACUGUUGUAUACAUGUAUUUUGUUGUACUGAAGAAUGUAGUCGCACACUGCAAUGAAUAUGUUUGUUCUGGAGUUUAUGUUUUUGUACUAAGAGAUUGAUAUUUUUUUGUACUGGAGCUGUUAUUUGUGUACUAAGAAUUGGAGAUAUCUUUCUGUAGUGGAGUUUAUAUUUUUGUACUGAAAUUAACAUUUCUGUAAUGGGAUACAUAUUGUUGUACUGGUGUAUAUUUUAUUGUACUGAUAUUUUUACACGCACAACCGAUGGAUAUGUUUGUGUACUAAUGAGAUACAGAUUGCAGUAAUAAAAUAUAUAUUUGUGUAUUGCCUUUGUGGGCCACCGUAAUAAAUAGAGGGCUUUUGAGAAUUGAAAGCUAAAAUUUUUACAUCGUGUCAAAAACGCUGUUUUUAAAGGGCAUUCCCUCAAUUUCCCCUCUACAGAACAUAAAAGGAAUUUUCCAAUUGUGUAUAUUUUUGCUGACUGAAGGAAUAAAAAUCCCUGGAAAGUGGAGCAUAGGCAAAUGUCACAGACCACUUUCUUCCUUACUACCGGUAGAUGUAAAUCUGUGAACAGAAUUCCGGUUUGAACCCAGUAAAGAACAGUCCGUAAGCGACCGCGCUCCGGUAGACUUUAUCCGCGGAUUCCGGAAUCCGGAAAUUUUUUUGGUGGAAUCCGGAAUCCUUGGCUUUUAAAUCCUGAAUACAGCUCAAGGAAUCCAGAAUCCUGCAAUGAUUAGAAUCCAGAAUCCAAGUUCCUUUGUUAAGGAUCCGGAAUCCACAGCGAUGAACCCAGAAUCCAAGACUGUCUUGGACUACCUUAUAUAGUAGUUGUUCAACACAGUACUGGCCAUGUUCUGUUUAACCGGAAUUUUUAAUACAAGCCGCCUGUCAAGUAAUUUAUAUCUCGCAAAAUAUGUAUAGGUCUUAUACAAGUGGUAAAACAUGUCUUUCCCAACCAUACAAUUUUGAAGCACCUCUCUUACUCCAACUUUAACUAUUCUUUUAGGUUUAUGAUGUCAGCAAAUUUCUCACCCGUCAUCCAGGCGGUUCAGAUCUCCUUCUUAUGGCGGCAGGAAAAGAUGUUACAGUCGUGUUUGAGACCUACCAUUCCUUCAGUGAAAUUGCCCCCAAGUAAGCUCUUAAGAAUACUAUUAAGGAAAUUGCCUACACUGGAGGCUCGAUUUCCGCUGCUUCCCCUUCCCCGACCUUUGAUCCCCCGGGGGGGGGAUGAGUUCGGACUUAUUUUCUCGAAUACCGGCUGCUAAUCAAGCCUAUCUACACUAAUUCUUUUUCGACAACGCAGCGAAAGUUCGCGUCCAUACUUUCUCAUCAUUUUGGAUUGUCUACACUGAGUCAUUUAACAGAGGAAUAUCCGGCGAUAUGCUUUCGUUGUACAGCUUUUCUUAUGUGUACUUCUUGUAGCCUCGGUUCCAGGCUCCAAGAUAUUAGAAAAAGCGCAUCGAGAAAAGUUGCGCGAAAACCGCGGGGAAGCUUCCCUUUUCUCUUCCCGCCGUUUUUCGCUCACACGCUUUAUCAUUGCUCGCCCGCUUUUUUCGCUCAUCUGCACUGACCAAGAGCCUGGCGCACGCUAUACUUCUCGCUGCACUAGUUUCAAUGGCUCCAACGAAACGCUUGUUUUUCCGAGCAGCUCCUAUUCGUUCUAUUUGCUCAUUAGAAUUACAAGAUAGGUUUUGCCUGGCAAGAACGUGGAACGUGCUGAAGCCAGUUUUUGCGAGAGUGCAGCUAACGAGUCAGAAAAGAAAACCCUGUGAGAAAAAGCUACGAUUUGUUUGAUUCCUCUGAAAAAUGGCGCAAGUAACAGGCGUGCCCCUUAAACUAUUGAAAAAGGAAUCAAGAUUUGACUGACUCUAGACAACGAUCUACAGUUGUACAUGCAUAGGUUAACAACUGACUUGCAUAUUUUCUUUCAACAGAACACUGCAAAAGUAUUAUGUUGGUGAUCUGGUUACUAACAAAUUUCCAACCUUUCCAGAACUUGGGUAAGUUAAAGCUCAAAGAAACUGAAGAAAAGGAAAGGGAGUUGUAACAAAUGUUAACUUUUUGAGCCUCACUAGUGAUUAUUAGCAAUUCUCUCCCAAUGAUCUGGGGGAUCAUGAGAAUUAUGUUUAUGAUCACCCGAGAUUAAUUCUCAGGAUAUCUGGGCAAGUUCUCCACACUUUUACGAUAAGAAACGUAAGGGACAUGUAAGAAAAAUUUGAAUUUUGAUUUCGGGGACCAAAGGGUUAAACGAAAAAUAAAAAUUACGGAAGAAGUUGAGAUCCUGAGGUCAGGCUAAAAGUGUUGGCCGUGCGGUUAUCUUGUUUACCCCGACAGGAAACUCUGCUUUUUUCUGCCUCUCAUCGUCCAGAUGAACAAAUCAGUGGCGUUUACGAAUUGCGGGGGUAACAAAAUAAAUUAAUAAGUUUUGAUUAACGUCAAGUUGCAUCGCCGCAGGGAAUUCUAUAAGACAGCACGAGAGAGAGUGAAGAACUAUUUCAAGGAAACAAAACAGGUAAUAAGUUACAAAUAGUUCUAGAAAUAUUGAAGUGCGUGCCCUUCCUUUCUAAUAUUUGCAUUUACUUUAACCCCCAGAACCCGGGCCCCUAGUUUGAAGCCCCAUCGGCGCUCUAACCUUUCUUCCCGUAGCCUGCGAACAAGCUCUUCUAUUUGGGCGAGUAAAGCGAGUCUAGCGAGAACGCGCGAGCGAGCAGCGAGGCUGCGAGGGCCUUUCCUCAGCCCCUCGCUCGCGCAUUCUCCCGAGACUCACUUCGCUGGCCCAAAUAGGAGAGCUUGCUCGCAGGCUAUUCUUCCCGUGCGUACACUUUCAAAAUCUCACGCUACGCCUGUGUUGAGAUUGUUACAGUUGAUACUUAAGGGUUUUAGUAAUUAGUUAUGUUAUAAACUUCUCUUUAAUAAAUACAAAGAAGCGCAAAUCUUUCGAAGACUCUCUCUAAAGUGUAGGUUCCAACGGUGUUUGUGUUUACUAAACUAAAUAGUAUAAUAAAUCAAAGAGCAUUUUGAAAUAAUGAAUGUAUUUCAUAAAUUGGAACUGCGGAAUAAAGAAAUAAAUGCUAAGAAGAUCUUAUACAGGGUAAAAAAUGACUGAACAUCGGCCGAAAGCAAUUGCAGGUGCCUGUUUCAGGUAAAUGACCGAAUGUAGGAGGUGUUUUUUGGUACAUGAGUACUGUACACCCGGGGGUAAUUCUUGGUGGGGGUGUGCCGCCCGGUUCUCCAAAUCCUGACGCUAUUUCAUAACAAAAAAUGUAACCCGUUUUCAGACCUGGCCACUAAAAUCCAUACCCUUUUUCCCCGGCCUUUUUCAGACCUGGCCUCUGGAAAAUUAUGUCAUCAUUACGUGGAUGAGAACAGCAACAAAAAAGAUUUCUUAAAAUCUCUUCGAAUUCGCAUACUGUCAACUCUUUCUUAACGGGCACCUUUAUAAGAGGGACACCUCUGUAAAAUUGACCGCUAGAGUUGGUCCCUGCCUUUCUUUGCUCCUUUUACUUGAAUCUCUAUAAUACAGACAUCUCUUCUACACGGACACUUAUUGUCCGUCCCAAAGGUGUCCGUUUCAGAGAGAGCUGACUGUAUUUCUCUUUUAAUUGGAAUUAAAACGAUAAAUACGUUCAUACACUCCCGUAGUUUCCUCGAAAACCAUAACCGAUUCCAGACCAAAAUGGACGAAGUCUAUAGCCGUUUUCAGACCCAAACAGCGGGAAAACCCUACCCUUUGAGGCGGCACAUGGCUGUGUGGCUUAUUUAAGGGUGUACCCUCCCCGCACUGUACAUUUAAACUACUGAUAUAAGGAAAUGUCUUUCAACAGGAUCCUAAGAACUCACCGUGGAUGUGGUUAAGACACGCGAUCAUGCCAUCGAUGACGAUGAUCUUUUGGCUUGCACAGGCUAGACAAUUUUUUCAUUAUUAUUCAUCAUACAAGUCUUCCUAUUUGUUUGGUUCUUGGAGAGCUUCUUUCAAAACAAGCAAUCUCAGAAUAAAAAGAACCACAGACAGAGUAGGCUAAAGGCCUUAGCACACAGUUUAAAAUCGCGCACAUGUACUCCAUAAUUGUGAUUACCUACUUAUUUUAUUUUUUUUCCGGCAGAUGUUCUGGUUAACCCACAGUUUUUUUCUUUCCUGUGUCGCGGCCGCUUUCAUGGGUUGGUUUACGGCGCUAACAGCAAUGGUCAGUGUUCACGAUGCAAGGUAAAAAUGUCAAUUUUCUUAUUAAAUGAACUGAAAAAAUACCGUCAAAUUUGUAUCGUGCGACAACUUCUAUUUAGCGACCACUUGCUUAAGUCUCAGAAAUCAUUUCCCUUGAGUGAAGUUCUCUAAAGCCGUCCUCUUAAGGUGGUUGCGGUCGUCCUGUGUGUCAUUAUCAAUUUUUCCCGGACAGUAAUAGCAAGGCCGAAAUUUCUUCUGAAAUAAUUGGGUACACCACAUAAUUUUUUGGCUGAUUCAGUAGUCAGAAGCACCCAACGUCAAUUUUUGGAAAAUAUCUGUUCGGAAGACGAUAAGAGAUCUAGAAGUUUCGAAACAUUUGUUGUAAAAUUUCUUGCUUGCGUGCCCUCCUAGGAUUUUCGAACAUCUAAAAAAUGGUAUUAUUGUCCAUUUUUAACGGAUUUUUAUCCUAAAAAGGUCACUUACAAUUUUCGGGAGCCUUUUUUCCGGCUAAAAUUUUCGAAAAGAUAAGUUUCGAUCCCUAUAAUUUUUGGAUAACUAGACUUUCAUCUAGGAAAUCGGAACAGAUGAAAAAUUUUUAGGGGGUAAAAAUAUGCCUAUAUCUAUCGCUUAAAUACUAAAAUACGUUCAACAACGCUAUGAUUAAGUGGUUUUGAACUAUAUUCUCUUUGGGUGCCGCCCUGAGUAGUGAUUGACUGUGGGAGAGCUACGGUUAAAUUUGAUAUUUUCCAAUUAAAUUCCAACAGCCAUUUUGCCGUAACAAGGAAUCCUAUUAUCUGGAGACUGGUUGGUCAUAGUCAUGACUUUUUAAUGGGAGCCUCCUACCACGUGUGGGUUUAUCAGGUAAUAAUUCCCAUAAAAAAAACUGUAUCGCUUGUUCCUGUUCCAUGUGUUUAGAGAGUGGAUCGCUGGUGAGAAAUCGAGGGAUCGAAAAAAAUGAGUGGGGACCGGGAACAGUGGUGCUCACCCACCCUCAAAGGGUUAACGUGUGAUGCACGAGCGCGCGCGAGGGAGAUGGGAGGAGGGAAGGAGACCCUCGCACUUCUCGAGCUCAAAAUCCCCUUUUCCUUCUCUUUCAAAGGGCCGACAAAAUAGGAUCUGUUUCUCAGUUGUAGUUGCUUACAGUUCUGCCUAUACUAGGAAAACGUGUCACCUUUUUUUUUUUUUUUAUCUCCCACACUUUUUAUUUAGCAUAUCUUUGGUCAUCAUCCUUACACCAACAUUGACGGUUAUGAUCCUGAUAUCAGUACAGCUAAAAAUGUGAGUGUUUUUCGUUUCUUAUUUGGGUCUGUCCGGCCUAACAUCUUCGAAAUACUAGCUUCCAUUAACACUUUUUUAAUAACACAUUGAUAUUUUCGCAUCAACAUUUUAAUUUAUUUUCCCAUUAGAAGCCAGAUCUGAGACGCAUAAAAUGGAACCAAAAUUGGCUUCCUCGAUAUUUUCAUCAGCACAUCUACAUGCCUUUAAUAUACUGCCUGGUAAGUUAACUUCUUUGAUUCUAGACUAACUGGCUGUUAAAAACAGUGGCUGUACUUUUAGCUAUGAGGUAACGUUACAAAUAUUUUAACGCUGAAAUAUUCAACGCGAACCCUCAGAAUGCGUAAAAACGCCAGAAAGUUGGCUGAAGUUUUAACUGCAACUUUUAUAAGAAUUUCAAAACCUAAUUUAUUUUGCAUUCUAGGCGUUCUUUGUGUUGUCACCCAACACUCCAAGCGUUGCGCGCGCGACGAUACAAAAAACAGCUGGGAGAAUAAUGAUAUCAUUUCUUUUCUCCUCAAAUUUGCAGCUGGGUUUGAAAACUAGGACUCAGGAUAUCGCCGCAUUGUUUAUUUGGAAGAAAAAUAGUAGGUUGAAUGAACCUUUUAGUAAUUUAAGGUUUCAUUAAAAUCUUAUUCAAGCUUGAAUUUAACCCCUCCUUUAUUAUUCUUUCCGUCUAGGCACCAUAACUUUCAAUCUACCAUCAACUUCUCAUGUGGUCGUAUUUAUUACUGGCAAACUCUUCUUUUUGUUUCAUAAAAUUUUGCUGCCUGCAAUGGUACUCGGCGUUUGGAAAAUGGUAAGCUAAGUAGUUCCACAUUAGGGCGAUUUGUACUAGAAAAAAGAAGGUGCGUCUUGAAUGAGACGCCAACUGUACCGUUUAUGCAGGCAACUCUCACUUAAGACGCGAACAGCAUGUGUAAAUAGCCUCGUCCCCAGGGUCUUCUCUAGCCUUCGUGGCAGACAUCGGGGCAAGGGGUAGUGGAGGAAGGGGAAAAGGCAGGCUUUUGUUCUCUUUCUUGCCUGUAGCAAUGGCAAUCCAACAUGGUAUCCAACAUGGCGCGUGUUAGAGUAACGCAUGCGUGCUACAUAAGACGCCAAGUUUCUUCGUCUCAGCUAAGAAACGCCAACAGGUUUUACGGGCCUUUCUUACUGAGAGAAAACACGUCUUCUUAGAUAAGUCACGUCGCUUCAAGCGACUUGUGCCAUUUAUACUGACGCCUCUUAUUUCUCCCUCUCUAAAAGGCCCCGUUGCGAAGCAUCAUUAAAACCUACCAAUGUGAUCAGAUUCGCCUUCGCUUUUAGAGCAGCGCUCGCGGUCUCUCACUGUCGUUACCAGCCCGGUCGUCAGAUUGUCUGUUGCUAAAUCUACCGUAAGAUUGUUGGUCGCCCCCAAGAAUACAAGAGACUGGCUGUGUUGUAAUUUCUGAGAUUCAACCCUCAGUGAAGUUCGUUUAGUUGACAAUUGACCACUCCAGAAAUACCAUAACAUACCGUAAUGCUCUUUGUUUAUCACCCCAAAAUUUUGCAUAAGCAUUGUUUUCAGUUUCUCUUAAGGCCAUUUCAACUCCCAAGAGAACUGAAGACAAUGCUUAUGCAGAAUUUUUGGGUUACAAAAAAGAGUAUUAUGACAUGUUUUUUUUUUUACAUUGGAAAACUAGAUUGCUCUCUACACCAUUGCGGAGAUUGUAGGAAGUUACUGGUUGGCUCUCAUAUUUCAGGCCUCUCAUGUUGUAAGCGAGGUAGGUUCAGAAUCCGCAGGGACUACUCCCUCCCUGUAAUGGCCUACACAGUAUACGGGGGGGGCUCCGCCCGAAAGGGGUACCUUUGUCAUCCUUCAGGUAAAUGAAAGGAUAGGGAAGAGGGACAACAAGGGCCAACAGAUGCAUUUUAUUGCUGUGAAAAAGUCGAGAAAACGUUCUGAUUUUGUGAUAUAUUCAUAUUGUUGACAGUGCCUUUGCAGCAGUUAAAAGGGAUGCAAUGUUCUAAACUAGGAAUGUGAAAGGGGUAACAUUGGUCAAAAGAAUAUAUACGAAAGGGGUAUCUUUUCUUUCAAAGAGGGUGGAUAAAAGGGUAAGGGGUUAGACCCCAAGGCAGACCCUUUCAAUAUAAAACUUUGUUGAGCCCCCCUCCCGGAGUUCAGAAGUGGCUACAAUGUUGUCUGGCAUCUAAUGGGUAUUCAUUGUGGACUGAUUCAGAUAAGUUUGAUUUGCUUGGUUCUAUCAUCUUUUUACCUCAUUGUAACAUUGUAACAAAAAGAAUUUUAGUAUCGAAAGACUCGAUAAAAAGAUGAAUUAAAAGCUGUUAGACACCACCGCCAUAGGGACGCAGCUGACUAUGAAGAAUUUGAACCACGUCCGGCACUUUUGUGACAUAAACAUAACGUCUUUUUUCCCAGUCGAAUAUGAAUAAGAGAAAGAAGCGAGUUUUGUUUUCGUGAUUUUUCACAGGUUGAUUGGCCGCUACCAGAUGAGAAUGGCAAGAUCAACCGUGAUUGGUAAAUUAUUUUAAUUAAUUGAUAUCGAUUUCUACAAAUGUAUUAUUGCUCUUGGCACUCUGUGAAAUUGUGACUUAUUCAACGUUUACUGGGUGCUCUGCAAGUAUUUUAGUGAUCAGUAUAGGUGUGUUCUGUUUCAGGGCAGAGCUUCAGAUUGAGACGACUCAGGACUAUGCGACAGACAGUUGGUUCUUCAAUGUUUUUACAGGUUUGUUUAGCCUGCGAACAAACUCUCCCUUUGGGGUAUUCGCGAGAAUUCACGUGACAGCCGUACAAGAGGUGACGCGAGUACGAGGGGCGGGAAAAGAUCUCCUUUUCCCCACCCCUCGUGGCUUCGCCGUUCGCUCACGCGUUCUCUCGCUUCGCGCACCAAAAUUGGAGAACAGUGAAAGUACUUUACGGAUCAAAGGUCUCAGCGUCCGUACAAUACUCUGAGGAGGCUUCUGUUAUUCUUGUUCCAUCAUACGAAUCGCGCGAGAGAAGAAAAUGGCCACGCGUGCGCCUUUCGAGUCUCGUGUCUGGCGCCUUUUUUCUCUCGCAGCUCACAUAUUACGCGAGGCAUUCUUGUGUCUUGGGGUAGUAGGUUUUGUCUUGUUGCUUUAACGGAAAGGUCCCUAGGGCAAGCACUAAUUGUCCAUCUCUAAAAAGGUCACUGUGUAUGCCUUACGGAGAUUCAAAGAAAAUGACAACAGCGGUAACGAGGCCAAAUGUGGCCGUCUCUUUUUGGGUUCAAUUUAGGUUUCUGGGAAACUGCCCACCUACCCCUCCCUCAAGCCAACAUAAACCUAAGUGAGAAAAGUGUUAAUGUGGGCUUAGGGGUAGGUGGGCAGUUUCAUAGGAGCCUAAAGUGAUCCGAUGUUUGUCUUGAACUUGGCUGCCAAGAGAUAUUUGAUUGUAUCAAGAGAGAAUAAUUAUUCGCUCUUGAUUGUAUCAAAAUAGAGCAUCUUGGCAUCAAUAAACGCGAGGAACUGUAACUAGAUAUAGUAUAUCUUUUAUUUUUUUGUUAUCUUGUCUUUUAAAGUAGCCACACCAUACCACGUCAUUAUUAUGUAAUUUUCGGUCAUUAUUUUACUUCAUAUAUAUUUCUGUAAAUUCGUGACAUCUCAAUAAACCUGAUGAAGACUGGUAUUGGCCAGUCGAAAUAUCGCAACUAAACUCUAUUUCACGUUGUUUGAUCAGUCCCUGCAAAAGUCUUCUUGACUGUAACGUUUUCAAUUUUAUAUAUUUUGACAGAUCACGAUCUUUUUGGAUCCGACGUUGAACAAGAUUGUUCGUACACGGUUUUUGCAGUGGUUUUUUUACCUUAACUAAACAUUGUAUCAAAAUAUUUAUGCGGUUUCUCCAUUUUUUUUUUUUUCAUUUUUCAUCAAAAGCUUGGAACAUCGACGCAUAGAACAAGCAGCGAUACUCGAAUACAAUAGCAUUUAUAACCAGGCACCGAACUACAUUCGGGAAAUGUUUUUACUGCGAAGCAAUGGUUACAGCCUACGGGGCCAUCUUAAGGUUGUUCUUCCAAGACCGACCUCAUCUUAUAUGAAACAUUCUUUCACGUACCAGGCUGGCAAACAAUGGAACAAUCUACCAGACAAAAUAAGGAUGUCGGAGUCCCUCUCUAUCUUUAGGAAAAACUUACAAAGCAUGCAGUUGUCUUCAUCGUAUGACUGCAACUGUGUAUUUUGUAAAUAGACAAUCUGAUUACCAAUAUUUUCUCUUUUUAAAUUAUUAUUAUUUUUUAGUUGAUUUAAUUUUUCUAUUUCUUAUUUUUAUUUAUCACUUGUACAUGUAGAUUAUGUAAAUUAUCACGUUGUAAUUUUUAUGGCACAUUUGCAUUUAAACGAGCUAACGCUCAGAUGCGAUAUGUGGUUAAAUAAACUUACUUACUUACUUACUUACUUACUUACUUACUUACCAGGGGCUCUCAACCAUCAGACCGCCCAUCACCUCUUCCCUUCUGUGAGUCAGAUUUACUAUCCAGCGAUAACUCCCAUCGUGCGUGAAACGUGCAAGGAGUUUGGAGUCAGAUACAAUUAUAAGGACACUUUAUUCCAGGCCCUUGGCUGUCACAUAUCACAUCUCAAGAGACUGGGCCAACUACCAGAGAAACCGUCAAAUCUGAGACAGGAGAGUUAACAUGGCGACAAACAACCACAGCGGGGAGGGGAGCGCGUUAUUAUUUAACCUUUGUUCCCAGGGCUUUUCCCUCAAAAAUUAGGAGGGCCGGAAAAGGCCGGUCACGUAUACCUUGGCAAACCGUUAGGUUUUGCUUCUUUU